AUGGCUAUGUACUGGAUAGAGAAUCUGCCUAUAUGCUCAACUGAUAAAGCAUGGGUGUCCUAUCCGUUGAAUAAGGUGGAGUUUGGUACCUUGAAACCUGGGAAUAGAGGUGGGCCUUUCUUCUCUUCUAGUCUCAGGUUCCAUCAUUUCUUUAAUCAUUCUCUGAAUUGCCCCCAUGUCAUUCAAAGCAUUGACAAGAUGCGGAUUUCGUCCAUAUUCUGGCUGGUUGUGUUCAAUCCUUUGUCCGACUUUGUAUGGUCUGGACAGAACUUCCUCCCUAUGUUCUUCCUCAUUUUCGAAAUCUGGAUGAUUCCUUCAGUUUGCCCCCCGUCUGUUCCUGUUGUUGUUGGCAAAAAGGUUAAUUCCCCAUCUGCCUCUCCUGCCUCUCGCCAGGGGAGGGAAUGGAUUGGGGUCCGUCCUUCUAGGUCUGUAGGGCAACACAGCUGGUUGCUCAGGCAGAAGUGCCAAGGGCUGACCACAUGGGGCCACUAG